AUGAGUCCUUAUGAAAUUAUUCUGACAGUUGUCUUUGGCUCUCAGUUUACAAUUGGGGUUUUGGGGAACUCUUUCCUAAUUUAUUUCUUCACCAUCACAAUACUCACUGGACAAAGAAUGCGAGUCAUUAAUAUGAUUCUUAUCCAGCUGUCUUGGGCCAACUUCUUAAUGAUUGUCUCCAAGAGCAUCCCCCACACAAUGGCAGCUGUGAAUCUAAAGAAUUUAAUGAAUGACCAUGGCUGUAAAAUUUUAUUCUACCUUAACAGGGUGUCUCGUGGUCUUUCCUUAAGUAUGACCUGCCUCAUGAGUAGCUUUCAGGCCAUCACCAUCAGUCCUAGCAGCUCCAAGUGGGAAGAGCUUAAAGACAAAGCCCCAAAGUACCUCAUUCCCACCUGUUCCCUCUGCUGGAUCUUCCAUCUGCUGCUAAAUAUUCUUGUUCUUGAGAAAAUUGAAGGACCAAAGAUGUCUAGAAACAUCUCAAACAUCCUGCCUUAUGGAUAUUGUUCUACUUCAGCAGCCACCACAGUUAGUGCUUCACUAUUCAUAGCUAUGGUCUCCUUCCCUGAUGUUGUGUGUGUGGGUCUGAUGGUUUUUACCAGUGGCUACAUGGUGUUGCUUCUGUACAGGCACCACAAGCAAGUCCAGCAUAUCCGCAUGACCAAACUUUCUCCUAGAGCCUCCCCUGAAACCAGAGUCACCCAAUCUAUCCUGCUCCUGGUGAGCACCUUUGUGUCCUUUUACUCACUUAAUUCUAUCUUGGCAGCAUAUAUACAUCUGAGAAGGCCAAGAGCCUGGUUGGUACACAGCUCUGCCUUCUUGGCUGCCUGCUUCCCAGCUUUUAGCCCGUUUGUACUUAUCAGCACUGACUCCCAAGUUCUAAGGUAUUGCUCUACCCCGUGA